GCUCCGCUGGGGCGGUCUUCCGGCUUCUCUGACGUCGGCUGCUCGUGAGCUGGAAGCGGCGUGCCCGCCGGAUCGCAGCCAUGACUGAGGCCGAUGUGAAUCCCAAGGCCUAUCCUCUUGCAGAUGCUCAUCUCACCAAGAAACUGUUAGAUCUUGUUCAGCAGUCAUGUAACUACAAGCAGCUUCGGAAAGGAGCCAAUGAGGCCACCAAAACCCUCAACAGAGGCAUAUCUGAGUUCAUUGUGAUGGCAGCAGAUGCCGAGCCCCUGGAGAUCAUCCUGCACCUACCCCUGCUGUGUGAAGACAAGAAUGUGCCCUACGUGUUCGUGCGCUCUAAGCAGGCCCUGGGGCGAGCCUGCGGGGUGUCCAGGCCUGUCAUUGCCUGUUCUGUCACCAUCAAAGAAGGCUCUCAGCUGAAGCAGCAGAUCCAGUCCAUUCAGCAGUCCAUUGAAAGGCUCUUAGUCUAAGCCUUUGGCCUCAGCCACACGCCCCCUCACCCCCUGAAGUCGUGUAUCAUAUUGUCAGUGUUAGCAUGUAGUAUUUUCAAUGCCUUUCUAUUAUAAAGUAUUGUACUAAAUCUGGUUUCUAGAUUUUUGUAUUGUUUUAGUUUGUUUUACAGAAAUGUUUUCCCCUAUCUCCCCUUCGUCCUCUGUCAUCCUUUUAUCCUGUCUUGAAAACUGAGCUAAUGCCCAAAAUAGGCAGAAAGAACAAGGAGAGACCUAACCUGAGGUACAGAUUUUGUUGCAGCUUUCACCUGCCAACUCCCUUCUAUAUGCAGGACAGGAAUAAAUACCUGCCACUUUGCGUCCUUUGUGCCUGUCAUGCGGAAUCUCCAUCCGUGGCCCAGUGGUUGAGUUUCCUUUGCAUUUCCCUCUUUGUGAAUGAUCAUGUAUCGUUUAAGAAGGAGAUGUGUAUUCUAUGAUGAGGUGGGUGUCCAGCCAUUUACUAAUGUGUGCGUUACUCCUGGCAGCUCUUGAUAUGAUGCUGUAUUCUCAGCUGACCCAGGCCUCUGAGGGCGGUAGGGCAGCAACAUACCAAAGGAGAAAUAUGUAGGGGGGGGGGAGUGGGUCAACCUGGGCCUUGACUCAGAAGUAGCAAGGACAAAAGGGUCAAUUGAUACUGGAAUGAAGGAUUCUGGGGGGGAAAAUAGUAGUUACAUGGUAGCUACAGCAGACAGUGGAGUCCUGAAAUUAUCUUUGGGUCAGUGGGGAUUUCUUCAGUGGCUGCUUAGCACUGGCUGUAGGAGCCCUUACCUUCUGCUGCAGUGUGGGCGCAGAUGUAUUCUCUAUCACAUGAAAACAUAGGUGUCUUAUUCAUUCUUGAACAUCCUAAUAAAAAAGUAUAUUCAUACUCCA